ACUAUUCAAUCUUUUUUUUAUGCUUCAUAGAAGCUCAGUCUUAAAAAUUAAUCUGUGGCUCCUGUUUAACGUUACAAGAAUGCAUUAAACACGAAAAUUGAUUAAACAGUUUUCGACUCAAACGUCAUCGCAGCAGCAGAAACGGGCAAUGCUAGAUAUUAAUAAUAGUGCUAAUACACUGCGGUCGUUCUUCGUUUUUUUUGGCACAAGCUUGAAUUAGUGAAUUAGGUCGGAGUCAGUAAGAUGGACUGCUUUUUGUCAGUGAUAUCUAUAAGAUUACUCACAAUACCAUCAAAUCUAUCUUCAGAUGAACUGUCUUUUAUAUUUUAGUUACAACCCUGCUUCGCGCGUGUUUGCAGGGAUUCUGGCUAACGUGCAUAUGUGUAAGCCAAAGUCACAGUGGUAAACUGUCAGGUGACGGUUCGGAGUGACGAGUAUAAUAUCAAGGAGUACGGGAUGCUGAGCAGCUUAGCAAACUAUCUACUUCGAAGUAGUACAUCUGGUGUUCAAAGUUCAAGGGAAUACAGUAAUGUCGAAAAUAUGGAUGUCUUCCCUAAUGCGGCCAGGCUUAGUCAAGUAGAAGUCGAGGGGAACGACUGGAUCCUCAUUGAUCGAAGUGUUGAGGGUAUUAGUUCCUUGGACGAAUCGUGGUAUGUUACGCCGCCAGCUUGCUUUACGAGGGCAAGUCCUGUACACCUGGAAACAUCACCUCUGGAAGACCUACUCAUAGAACACCCCAGCAUGUCUGUUUAUCGAGCUGCUGGACCUCCCAUUAUCCCCGAUACUCCACCACCUACACCUGACACGUCAGAAGAAAUUGAUUUAUCAGUCACAUCCAUACUUGUUGCACAAGCACCUAGGAUUUUUUCCAAGAAGAAUCUUGAACAGGGUGCCAAUUUAAACAAGAACAUAGAAAUGCCUCGAAGACCAAGCAUACAUGACUACGAAGAAUCACCUAGCGAGAAAAACGUUGAAAUUGUUCAUCUGCGUUCUGCUCAGAAGAUUCGCGAGAAAAGAGUGGCUCAGACAUCGAAGAGAAAUCGGCUAGAACGAGGAAACAAAGUUCAAGAGUUUUCUAACGCCAAGGGCCGGCGGCCACGUCGCCAGGAUCGUCUGCGAUUCAAAAACAGUGGCGCUAACAAUAAUAGAAAAUGCUAGUCGUCCGUUCUUAUACCAGAGUGCUAGGAAAUAUGCCUCGCUAUUACUAAAAGAACAAAACAUUAUUUAAUCUGAAUACAUCAUUAUUGUGGCUUUAAAUAACUCAUCUUAAAAAGCUAGCAGUAUAACUCACCGAUAUUUUAUGUGUUCAUGAUGUUUUAAACAUUUAAUGCGUUGGCUGUAACAUUGACAUAAUUAUAUAAAUAUACGACUUAUUCAGUAGGUAAUUACUUGAGAGCAGAUCACAGCCACUGUGAAGUUAAUUGACGAACGCAGCUAGGCUUUUACAUGCGGAGAACCGUCAUCUCGGCAGAGAGGGCGACACAUAGCAAAGUGCGUGUCCGAAAUGUGGGUGCACGCUUACUAUUGGUCUAACCGGGGUUCUCUACAUGUGAGAAGCUGAGCUGCGCUUGUCAGGUAACUUCCAAGUGGCUCUAAUCCGCUCCUUGGUAAUCGCCUGUGGUAUUUAUAAAGAGAAAAUAUGAGAGCGGUAUGCAGCCAUCUCCUUUCAUUUAAGUUGAUUGCCGGACAGCGUUGAUUUUAGUCGAUAAUCUAUUUUUUUACGAAGAAACUUUCGACUGAUAGAGAUAGGUUGUUUUCCGCUGUCAUUCUUUCUCUUUCUAACAUAAGUUAUACGCGAUUUCCCUCUACUCAGAAGGCGGAAAGGCUUGAUUUUCUUUUAAUAUUUGUAUAGGCUUGAAUUCCGUUUUGCACCGCCUCAUCCAGACUUACAUUUUCAUUUCAAACCCGUGAAAUUUUUGACAGGAAUGACCUGAAGAGAUCAAUCUUUUUCAAGGCUGUACAUGAAUUCCUAUAGAAUAUAGGGGAAAUAGACAGUACGUGUAAAAAAUAUUUUUUGACCUUGAAAAUUUACUUUAGAGAUCAUAUUUGUUGAAGAAAAAUUAUAUUAUAAAUGAUUCCGUGCGCUUAGAUAUUAUGUUUCAUGUGUUAAACCUAUUUUUAAAUCAAUUUUGGCAUGCCAAUUUCAAAUUCGGUCAUUAAAUCAGUGCAGGAAUUACUUAUUCUGAGAAAGAAAGCGAUUGAAGUUACAUGAAUUACAUUCAACAGUCAUUUUCAUCAUUCGUGAUAUUUGAGGGGUUUUGAAGCCGCUGAUUUUGAAUCCGAAAUCUAAAUAUAAAAAUUCCAAAUGCUAGAUCCAUUGAGGCAAAUUUAGAUUGUGGAUACAAAACCAACUUGACUAAAAAAUUCAAAAUAGCAAAUCAAAUAGAGUGAAUAAAAAUAACUAAAAACAUAAUCGAAUCCUAUUAAUAUAAUACCACUCUUGAAAACGAAUCCUCCUCACUAUUUAAAAUGUUAAUAAUAAUUUUAUUGCAAUUCCUAAUAGUUAGACAGGUUACGAUUUCAAGACCAUAUUUACGUUCUUAUAAUAUCUACAUUUAUUUAUCUCCUGACCUCAGUCGGCCGACUUGAAAAGCAAUGCAAAAGUGACGUUCACGCUAGCGGUCGGACAGGCUUUCCGAUCUCUGGAUAAAUUAAAAAAUGUCUUCAUCUUUGUUCCGACAAAUUAAAAAGCUUUAAAUAUACAAUACAUACGUUGAAAUUGCCAAGGAUUUCGAAAACUUCAAGUCUCCCACCGUUAAAAAAUGCAGCUGUUCAAGUCAAAACUUCAAAAUAAAAAUGUUGUAUUUUCUGACGAAGGAAACAUCAUAUAUACCCCAAAUGGCGAUAAAGGCUGAUCGGCUUUCUAAACAUUGGCAAUACCGAAAAAUUAAUAUAAGUUUACAUAAUUACAGUUUCCUGCACUAUUCUUACUAUAAAAUACACGAGACUAUCCGACCAUUGAUACUUGUCUGGAGGCUGGUACACUUACCUUAUUAUUUCGGGAUUUUUGGCUCGCUAAUGUUGAAUCCACAAAAUCGGUUCAAAUAUGAUUAAUCAAAAACUGUAAAAAGAAUAAUAUAGUCAAAUCGGUUUUGUUUUUACAAUCUAGAUCCGACAAACUGCUUUCGCCUUCUUAGAUUCUUCAAUUUAAACUUCAGAUUCGAAAAAAGCUGUAAUAUUGACUAUAUAUUUCUUCAAUCCCUCGAAUGGUGAAAUAAUAAUUCAUCAAGAUGAUCAUUUUUGGCCUA